ACGGAUUGACUCAGCCCGUGUCUCUGAAAUUUGAAUUGAUUGACGCAUUACAGAGUUAGCAUAGCACUGUAACUACGCGUCGUCAUUCCAGGUCAGGGCAAGGUCACCGUGUUGUGACGAUGGAUUUUAUUCAAAACGUUGCAGAAUUUGAACAUUUAUGGAUUGCAUUAGUCCUUGGAAUCGUUUUGCUGCUCGCUUGGUAUGGUAUGGCACCUUUUUCCUUCUUUAAAAACCUGGGCAUACCCGGUCCUACACCAUGGCCAUUUUUGGGAAAUCUGCCUCAGAUAGGAAGCAAGCGCUCUCAACCAUUUUUGUUUGAAAAAGAAGUUGCUGAAAAGUAUGGAAGAGUCGCAGGGUGUUAUUUUGGUCGUAUGCCAGCAUAUUUAAUCACAGAUGUUGAUCUAAUCAAACAGAUAACUGUGAAAGAAUUCAGUAAAUUCCCUAACCGACCACUCACAAGUAUAGGAAGUCAGUCUGUAUUUGAUAACAAGAGCUUGAUAGCACUUGAAGAUGAAGAAUGGAGAAGAAUCCGUGUUACAAUCACUCCAACAUUCAGUGCUCUGAAACUAAAGCAGGUUACCCCUUUGGUUCAGCAGUCAGCUAAGACACUGUGCAAAAAGCUUGAACAAAUUGCUAAGACAGGAGAGAUAGUGGACAUGUGGAGGACUUACGGAAAAUUUACCAUGGAAGUAAUCUUGGCUACAGCAUUUGGUGUCCAGGCAGACAUACAGAAUGAUCCUCAUGAGCAGUACACUUCAAAUGCAGAGGUUCUUUUUAAACAGCCUCCUCUUUCAUUUGUUUUAAUGGUGUUUCCAUUUCUUGGGGGUUUGUUUCAAUUGGUCAUGAAGCUGAUACUGAAGUCCACAGGUACUGAACGAGCAAAGUCUGCAAUGUUUUUGGCUGAAACUGCGCAAGAAGUGAUGAGAAAGAGGAGAGAAACUGGAGCUGCACAGAGGAAAGACUUGCUGGAGUUGAUGAUGAAAGCAGAAGUCACAGACAGUGAAGGGAAAAAAGUUAGUAAACUGACGGAUGGUGAAGUUAUUUCACAAUCUUUCACUUUCAUCUUGGCUGGAUAUGAAACUACAAGCAAUGCUUUAGCCUACACAACCUAUUGUCUGGCUCUGAACCCUGAAGUGCAAGAGAAACUGUUUAAAGAAAUUGAUGGGGCUGUUGGAGAUGAGAAGGAUGCUGCUUAUGACACAGUCCAGAACUUGGAGUACUUGGAUAUGGUGUUAAACGAGGCGUUGCGUCUCUAUCCUCCUGUUUUCAGAUUUGGCCGUGCUGUUAAAGAAAGUUGCACCCUAAAUAAUGUGCAUUUUGCAAAAGGAUCGAUGGUGAUCUUUCCUGUUUAUCAUCUGCACCGUGACCCAGAAUACUGGCCAGAUCCAGAAACCUUUGAUCCAGAAAGGUUUUCUCAGGAGGCUAAACAACAGCGCAGCCCAUAUUGCUUCCUCCCAUUUGGCACAGGGCCACGCUCAUGCAUUGGGAUGAGAUUUGCACUCAUAGAGGCUAAAAUGGCCCUGGUUCACAUUCUUAAGAGGUUUAAGUUUGAGCACUCAACAGAAACUGAGGUACCUCUUGAGCUAAAGGCAACCAUCACGAUGGCCCCAAAGAAUGGAAUUCGUGUGAAAAUUGUUUCAAGGGAAUAAGACAAAUGAAACACAUGGCUGGUUUCUCAAAAUAUUAUCAUUGUUGUAAUAAUUUUUGACUGCCUGUUUAAUGAUUCUCAUUUAAGAUACAUAAUUUGUAUUGUGGGUAGAAAACAUUUAAAAAGCAAAGCAUAAAUUAGACUAGUAGAAUCAAUGUAACAAGUAAAGUUUCGUAAUCCUCAAUGAACCCUGACGGUUUUUUGUUAUUAUUGAGCGAUAGUUGUGUGUUUAGACAUACUUUUAUGUGUAAGUCAUGUUAAAGUUGUCCCUUAAUUUAAAAUCACAUAAGAAUUAGCCUGUUUCAUGUAAAAGGCAUAUAAAUACAUUCAUUUGACGAAUUAUGUUAUUUUAAUUAGUAAUCCACAUUUGUUGAUUUGACCUUCAGCUGUCAGUUUGUCAACAAGUUAGGACUCCUUGCAGUAUCAUGUCACCAUUUGCCGACAUGCGACAUGAUGAUAACAGUUAGGAAUAUAUGAAUAUGACUUGAAAUUCUCAAAUCUGAUGUGAAGGGAAAUAAGAUCACUGGGAAGAAUAAGAAAUCUCUUUUAAAUAUAUAUCACGUAUUCAAGUACAUAUUAAUGGAUAGUCUUAGAUGUUUACCAGCUUGUAUAAAAUGGAGGUGAGAAAAUUAAUAAUAAAGAAAACAUGUUUAAUUCUCUGCUCUGAA